AUGUGGGCAGGGGCAGAGGCCACCCGCACAAUCCGGCCACGGGGCCAGCAGCGCGGCCGCCCACGGGCCCCGCCCACUGCCGCAGCCAGCUCGCUCGACGACGUCGCCGCCGCCGGCGCCGGCGGCGAGCGCGGCGGAUCCGCCGACGGCGUGCAGCCUCCCGCCGACACGAGCAGCAGCAGCAGCAGCAGCAGCAGCAGCAGCAGCAGCAGCAGCAGCCCCGGCGAGGCGGACCCUCAGCUGGAGAGCGAGAUGUUCGACUACGUGCAGCACUGCCAGGAGACGUACGGCAAGCCGGGCCUCAUCGACUUCUCGGCGGGAACCAACGGCCUGCCCAAGGUCACGCUGCAGCACCCCGCAGGCGCCUCCUGCGAGCUCUACCUCCACGGCGGCACGGUCACCUCCUGGCGGCACGCAGACGGCCGCGAGAUGCUGCACGUGCGGGACCAGAACAAGUUCGACGGGCAGGAGGCAAUCAACGGCGGCAUCCAGAUUGCGUGGCCGCAGUUUGGGGUGGGACCGCUCAAGACCCACGGCUUCCUGCAGAACAUGCACUGGUCUGUGAUCGACACGGCGUGGCGGGAGCCGGAGGGGGAGCAGCUGGAGGAUGCGGUUGACUACCAGACGAUUGCAGACUGGCGGCCCACCAUCAGCCUCUACGCAGACACAGAUGAGCAGUGGACGGAGGCGUGGCCUCACAAGUUUGAGGCUCUGUACAGCAUCACCCUGAUGCAGCCAGACCCGCCUGAGAAGUCGGAUGUGGAAAUCCUGCGGGAGGCAGCCGAGCACUACCAGCCCUGGAAGCGGCGGCAGCAGCAGCAAGGCGGCGCCGCGCAGCCGGCGGCGGCGGCCGCGCCCGACGCGCGGCAGCGGCGGCAGGAGCCGGCGGCGGACGAGGAGCGGGCGCCGCUGACGCCCAGCGUGCUGCGCUGCCUGCUUCAGGUGCACAACUGCGAUGACUCCCCCUUCACCUUCACCACCGGCCUGCGCACACACUUUGCCACGCGCGACAUCCCCACCUACUCCAACUACGUGAAGACGCUGGGGCUGCGAGGCAAGUACAUCCUGGACUACGGCCGCAACCCGCUCAAGCCGCGGCUGGGCGUGGAGGACGCCCACAACGUGACCUUUGGCAGCAUGGCGCCGCUCAACCGCCUGUACGUCGACUGCGAGGCGCAGGGCGACGUGCUCUUCUGCCCCGGCGCCCCGGCCCACUUCCACAUUGGCAACUCGCAGGGCUUCUCGGACAUCGCCAUUGUGCACCCCACGGGCGUGGCGCCGCGCGAGGCCCGCCGCUUUGUUUCCAUCGCCUCGGCCCGCGCCGCGCGCAAGAUCACGCUGCAGCCCGGCGGCACGUGGGUGGGAGAGAUGGUGCUCACGGCGCACGACCGGUACUGGGAGCUGCCCGCCUGGGAGGUGGAGGACAGCAGCGGGGUGCCCAUCCCGGAGCAGACGCCCGAGUCGCUGCAGCCGCGCCGCGGCGCGCUGUCGCUCACGGAGCAGCUGGCGCCAGACCUGUAG